AGAUGUUCUCCAUCCUCGAGUCUGUUGCCUUCGACACCGGCUACGCUGGUUCCAGCGGUAUCCAGCCCCAGUCCUGGGAGAACGGCAACGGAACCUCCUACAUCUACUUCGGCUCUGGCCAGUUCGACGGACAGGGUUCCGGCCAUGACUUCUACGGAACUCUCUACAUGCCCCCCACCGGCUACGUCAACAACUGCGACGGUGGCCGCUCCCACACCUACUGUGACUACCGCCAGGAGUAAGCUUUGGAGAUGUAGAACUUUUCGCAUUCGUGAAAGCGUUGCUUCUAUAUUAAACAUGUAUCUCUAAACUUUAUUAAAAGCAUAUUUUUCAUG